GCAUUAGAUUAGGGUAAGGCUAAAAAUGAUACAGUACUAAAUUUUAGGUCAUAUCCAAUUAUUUUGUUAUAACAACAGAAGCUGAAAAGGCAGGUGGAAUGUGGAAAUGGUUGAAUUCACCAGGGAAAAGAAGCAAAGAUAAUGUCAAGGGUUUGAAUUGAAAGACCAGACACUUGCUUCCUCUUUCUCUCACUCCACUAAGCUUCGACACCCAUCACUCAAUCCAGCCCAAAGUUCCUACCUUGACCUCAAUUUCAGGUACCCUUUUGCUUCAAUUGUGCAAUGGCCUCAACCCCAGCCCCACCAACCCACUUCUCCUCAGUAGCCCCAAGACCCCCCAACAACAACAACAACCAGCGCCACCACCAUAACCAGAACAGGAGCCAGCACCGCCGCAACAACAACCGCAACCGGUGGUCUUCCUCCUCCUCCACCAGGUACUAUUCCUCACCUGCAUCUGAUGCAGGUGCUUGUGCAGGUGCAGGUGUUCCCUCUGCAGCUGCCACUGCAUUCUCAUCCUCCCUCAGCCCCUGGCUCGGCGGCCAGAAAACCCGGCUUGCGCCGGACUUUUCCGGCCGGCGGUCGAGCCGGAACCCGGGGAAGAUGAACUCUGGCGGCCCCAGGGCCGUCCCCAACAACCAGCAGCACUCAAAGGCUGCUGAGGAGGUCCUGCAUAGCCUCACCAAUGCUGGUAAUGAUGUUGCUGCCAUAGAUAGUGUGUUGCUUAGUUAUAGACUUUAUGUUGCUGAGGAUUAUGUUUAUUUGCUUAAGGAGUUUGCCAAUACUGGUGACCUCUUACUAGCCACUAGGACUUACGAGUUUGCCAUGAGUAGGGCCACUGAUACUACCUUCAGGGGGAAGUUGACCAGCAACAUGAUUAGGACCCUUGGUAUGUUGAAGAAGAUUGAGCUUGCAUUGAACUUAUUUGAAGAGUCUAGGAGUAGAGGGUAUGGAAACACUGUUUAUUCCUUUUCUGCCAUGAUUAGUGCACUUGGCAGGAACGAUUGCUUUCCGGAGGCUGUGAGUUUGUUCAGGAGCAUGGGGUACUUUGGAUUGGAGCCCAAUUUGGUUACCUACAAUGCUAUUAUUGAUGCAGGGGCCAAAGGGGAAGUUGCCUUUGAAACAGUUGUUCAGUUUUUGGAGGAGAUGACUGGGGCCGGCUGUUUGCCGGAUCGGCUAACUUACAAUUCGCUUCUCAAAACUUGUGUCCCGAAGGGUAGGUGGCAGCUGUGUAAGGAUUUGUUAGGUGAAAUGGAAUGGAAAGGGAUCGGGCGUGAUGUGUAUACUUAUAAUACGUAUGUGGAUGCACUGUGUAAAGGUGGACGGAUGGAUCUCGCCAGGCAUGUCAUUGAUGUGGAGAUGCCUGCUAAGAACAUUUGGCCCAAUGUGGUGACUUAUAGUACAUUGAUGGCUGGCUAUGCUAAGGCUGAACACUUUGAAGACGCCCUGAAUGUAUAUGAUCAAAUGAAGCACCUGCUGAUUAGGUUGGACAGGGUAUCAUAUAAUACGCUGGUUGGACUUUAUGCAAAUCUUGGUUGGUUUGAUGAGGCAGUGAGUAAGUUCAAAGAGAUGGAGUGUUGUGGAAUAAAAAAUGACAUAGUAACUUAUAAUGCAUUGAUCGAGGGAUAUGGCAGACACAACAAGUAUGUUGAGGUCAGGAAAUUAUUUGAUGAGAUGAAAGCGAGACGCAUUUAUCCUAAUAAUCUAACUUACUCAACACUUAUUAAAAUAUACACUAAAGGUAGAAUGUAUGCUGAGGCAAUUGAUGUUUAUAGAGAGUUCAAGAAGGAAGGCAUGGGGAUAGAUGUUGUAUUUUACAGUGCUCUCAUUGAUGCUUUAUGCAAAAAUGGUCUGAUCAAAUCUUCUCUGAGGCUGCUUGAUGUGAUGACAGAGAAAGGAAGUCGUCCAAAUGUUGUGACUUACAACUCCAUUAUUGAUGCCUUUAGAGUAGGACAGAUGCCAGCUCUGGAAUGUAUGGUUGAUGCUUCUUUUCAAGCAAAUGAGCAUCAAAUUAUUGCAGGUAAGUUUCAAGGUCAGAAGACUGAUGAUGGGGACAACGAUGAAAUCAUGAAGAUGUUGAAGCAGCUUGCUGCUGAAAAUGCUGGUCUUACGAAGAAGGAUAAAAGGACCAGACAAGACAAAUUCUACAUAGUGCAGAUCUUUCAAAAAAUGCAUGAAAUGAAAAUCAAACCAAAUGUGGUCACAUUUUCAGCCAUCUUGAAUGCUUGCAGUUGUUGCGAGACAUUUCAAGAUGCUUCAAAGCUAUUAGACGAGCUCCGCAUAUUUGAUAGCGAUGUCUAUGGCGUAGCUCAUGGGCUACUUAUGGGUCACGGGCAAGGCAUAUGGGAUCAGGCUCAAACUCUAUUUGAUGAACUCGAGCACAUGGAUUCUUCAACAGUGUCUGCAUUUUAUAAUGCACUGACUGAUAUGCUGUGGCAUUUUGGUCAGAAACUAGGGGCCCAGAUGGUAGUGAUUGAAGGGAGAAACCGAAAUGUGUGGAAAGGGGGUUGGUCUACUGAAUGCUUGGAUUUACAUCUGACAUCUUGUGGAGCAGCCUGUGCAAUGGUGCAUUCAUGGUUGCUCGAAUUGCGUACCACAGUGUUUGGAGGCCAGAAGCCACCACCGAUAUUGAGCAUAUUAACUGGAUGGGGCAAACAUAGUAAAGUAGUGGGCAAUGGCGCUUUAAGAAAGGCUGUUGAGGCACUGGUGAAUGGCAUUGGUGCACCCUUUCAGAUUGCUGAGUGUAAUUUGGGGAGGUUUGUAUCAGAAGGACCUGUAGUAGCUGCUUGGUUGAGACAACCCAGCACAUUGAAUGUGCUGCUUCUCCAUGAUUACAUUGUUUAUUCUCAACCAGUAGAGAGAAACCAAACAUUUAAUAUUCCAUCACUUGGAGCAUUGUAGAGAUCAGGGUAUUCAAAUCAUGAAUUUGAAUCUUGAAUCAUAAUUUAUCUUGAAUUGGUUGGUUUAGAAUAGAGACAAUGAAAAACAAGUUCAAAUAUAUCAUAUAGAUGAUAUAUAGUUUUCAAUGUAACAGUUUUAAACUAGAAACAUAUAAAACAACUAAACCAUGAAGUCUCGUAAGACAAAAUUGUUAGUUAUA